AUGGCGAAAGGAAGCAACGGUAAUCGGGAAUCUGAAGACCGUAACGAGGAAGGAAGAAAUGGCAGAGGAAUUCGUGAAGGGAACAGUAAUGGAUACAUUAAAAACAUAAGAAGGGAAGGAGGUGGAAGAGAUCAACGCUCACGUGGAGAAGGAAGUAAUGUUUUUACAUUUGUGAUUGACUUUCAGGAUUCUUCUUCAGGGUCAUUGACGACACCAACUCCGGACAACCUUUCGAAAACUUUCUAUCAGACGCCUGUUAUUCUUGAACGUAGGCCACAAACUUCCGGUGCUUCAACUUUACAGGCUUCGGAUAAGGGCGAGGAAGAGAGCUCUCCACAAACAAUAUUUCGUCCGUCUGUUCGCAUAUUUCGCGACGAUUCUUUUAAUCGCGCAUCUUCAGCCAACGCACCACGCGUAGAGACUAAGCAAAUAACUUUUAAAGGAAAGCCUUUCGACAAACCCUUUGUAAAAAUGAUCAAUGAGAAGGGUGUACUUAAUCAUGAUUCUGUCUUAAAGAUUUUAAGUGAUCUUCCGGGUCAUUUCGUUGUUGGAGUAUGUGGACCCCAAGGAGUUGGAAAAUCUACUGUUAUUUCUGCAUUAUGUCAAGAUCCGCAGAAUGCUUUCCCUGCGCAAUCAAUCGAAACGCUAAAUUUAGCCAGCCAUGAAACUACAGGUAUUGAUAUUCACAUCACACCUGAAAGGAUCAUACUUUUGGAUACUCAGCCCGUUUUUAGCUUAUCGGUUCUCGAACAUGCGAUGAGGAAUGAUUACAUUCCUGAUAAUAUAUCACCAGAAUUAUGGCUCGAGCUACAGUCACUUCAAAUUGUUAUCUUUCUUUUUUCGGUUUGCAACGUUGUUAUUACUGUCACUGAGAGUAUAGAUUAUACAAUGUGGAAUUUUUUAAAAAAAGCCGAAAUGCUGAAAUAUCAUAUUCCAGAAUUUCCAACUAUACCAUCAUUAGCAUCUGUGGACCCUGGUGUCGAAUAUUACCCUGAUAUCGUGUUGGUAUGUAAUAAAACUUCGCCCGCCGAUUUUACAUCAACUAAACAUAUGUCUAUCUGUGAUUUGUUGAAUAAUGUGUUUCAAGAUUCAAAUUUGAAAAUUUUUGGUGCUGUUUCCAUGACAAAGUCAUUGACAAUGUACAAGUGUCCAGAUGAUAAACGAUUACCAAACGUUUUUCUUUUGCCAUAUGAGAAUCAGCCCCUUCGCCCUAAAGGAGAGUAUAUUGGAUUCACUUAUUUAAACGCACCCGAUACAUUUAUCGUCUUGGCAGAAUCUUUGAGAAAUCAAAUAUUUCAAUUACCAAAAAAAACUGGUAAAAAAGGCCAGGUGUCUGAAAAAGAAUGGUUCCGAAGCUCAAUGAGAAUUUGGGAUAUUGUUCGUAAAUCCGAAUUUAUUACCGAAUAUGGGAAACUUGCGGCAAAGUUGAGGGAGAUGUGA